AUGUCCUCUGUCAUAUUGGACAGUGAAGCUUCGUUCCGUGAGAGAUGCAGCAAAAUAGGCCUCAGCAACGAUCUUCUCGGUAAGUUGAUUGAAGCCGGCUACAACACAUUUGGAAAGCUCGCUUUCGCCGCUUCUUCCACACCGCAGGGUUUGACAGACGAAGCUGUCGAUUCAUGGCUAGCCACUGUGGUCACCCCGUCUCCUGGUUCCUUUCAGGUUUCGGUGAUCCGUAGGUUGCUUUUUGAGUCGCAAUCACUCAAUGUGGCGGAUCUCAAAUCUAGGGUCGAAGGCACGCCGGAAGGUUCCGUGCGUCGCCUGCCCCAGGCCGAGAGAAAGGAGCGCAUCGAGGCGCAGCAUCGUAGGCUGUCGGGUCUCAUUCUGACUUCGCAUACCACUCCUGCCCACAGCUGUAUCGACCUUGUGACUGACAUGUACGAGAAUAACACACUCAAGUACAUUCCGAUUAACAGAUGGAUAUCCCGCUUCCAAGAAAUGUCUCUUCAGAAGAAGGAUUCUGCCGUUCAGAUGGACAACGAGGGCAACUUGAAGGUCGUCCAGAAAAAGCCGGAGCCUACGUGCGACACCACUGGCAUGUACCCUCUCCGGCAGGCCUUCCAGAGACGGUCGUUAGCAUUUGAUCUAGGUCACUUGUGCAGCUUUGAAGCAAUGGAAACAUGGAUCAACCAACUCUUCGAGGCAGUUCAGCGUACCGUGCCAAAGGGAUAUGUAGCAGUCAGCUUGGGACAAGUCGUUACGGCAGAUCGUGAGCUUUUUGUCCGGUUGGCCGACAAGCUUGAAGGACAAUUGCAGAAACCCAUAGGUGUGGAGAAACCCAUGGAUGCAGCUUUGCGUGACCUCUCGGGUAGCCAGGAGAUAAAUCAAUUUCUCCAGCCGAUGGUAGCUCCUCCUCCUGCACCACAUCCCACGAAGCGCCCUUUCAAGGAGCUUGCCACGCCUAACAAAGGCGACGGAAAGGGCAAGACAUCCACCAAGGGCGGCGAGAAAGGCGGUGGCAAGGCACCUCGUGUAACCAUUCCGGAUGGCUGUGCGGCCAAAGCUUCGCCCGUUUUUGACUUCGAGGCUUUGCCCGAAGGAGUGCAGAGGCGUGGCCCGCCUUCCAUGGCUCGGCCGGACCGUCCAGGAGUCCUGGGCCACCUAGGUCCCUUCCCUGUGGAGGCAGGGACGCUGACCUCCCAAGACCGGGAGGAGAUCCGCCAGGAGACUGGGUGCACGGUGGGAGUGCGCGGGCGGAGUCAGUGGGGCUCGAGGUGCCUCACGGUCUGCGGACCGCCUUCAAGGCUGAUGGCGGCGAAGGAGAUGGCGGAGGAGAGGAUCGCCAACUCCGUGGAAGACGCGCGGGCGCCGAAGCCAAACGGCCCUGCGCAUGGUCCCCCUUUUGGACCACUCUCAAAGGCGGCCAACAAGGGCAAAGGCAAGGGCCCAGCCAAAGGCGCCUUUGAAGGACCGCCGGCGCCUAGAACGCCGCCAGCGCCAAGGCCGCAGCCAAUGGCUGCCCCGGCACCCAUGCCGGGGCAGAGUAACGGGGAACUUGCGAUGCAGCUCCAGAUCGCACUCAGCAGGAUCUCGACGCUGGAGACGAGUGUGCUGCAACUUCAGACGUUGCAGAACUAUGGAGGGCACCAAAGUGCCCUUCAUGAGAGCCGCUUGCGCAAGGUCGAGGCCGACCUGUACUGGCAGGAGCGAAGGCCGCCACGCACACGCAGCCGCUCGCCUCCCGCAGCUGCCAGCAGCAGCGGCCAGCCAGCGCCAGCACGCUCACGCUCCCAGAGUGCUGGCAGUGGCAGCUCCAGCAGCCAGCAGGAGUCACCGGCCUCCAAGGACGAUGCCGGGGCAAGCAAGAUCGCCCAGAAGGAGGACCGGCAGCCGAAGGCGGAGGAGGAAAGCUCGUCUUCUUCGCCAGCCCAGGCGGCUGAGGCAUCGCCCGGCCCUGACUUUCAGGCCUCCGCAGAGGAGGAGCUGGUGGCGCCUGUUCGGGAGACGGCAAGCCCGACCUCGGAAGCAGAGGGCGAGCAGGAAGAGGUGGCGGUGCUGGACACCUUGGCUGCUUCAGCAGGGACGCUGGCCGACACUGUUUCCUUCUCGGUUUUGGCACGGAGGGAACAUGAUGAAGGCCAGCUGCGAACUGAGCGCCGCCGUAUAACGGAUGAAGUGCUGCAGUUUCUGGACAGCCCUGCUUGCCCCUGCGGUGAGCUGCUGCAGCAUCUCCAGCUCACCCUGGUUGGCGGCAAGAAGGAGGAGGAGUGUGGGUUUCACUGGCACUUCGUGCAGCCCAUGGCCCUCCUCUUCUUGCUGACAGAAAGGGUGCCCAGCUUCGGGGACAUGUUGCAGCGGAUCAUGGAUGAGAAAGGCCGUUUGAGGAUAGGCCUUUAUUCCGACGAGACCAAGCCUGGCAACCCGCUUCGACCGGACCAUGGGAGGGCCCAGGUGUGUUUUUACUUCACCUGUCUGGAUUUGCCCGACUGGGUGAGGUGCCAGACAGGUGCCUGGUUCCACUUCAGCGCCUUUCCGUGCAAGCUGCUCUCCGAUGUCCCUGGAGGCCUUAGCCAUCUUUUCUGUAAGACAAUGGAUGUAUUCUUUGGUGAGCACUUUCGGUGGAACUUCAAGACUGGGUUUCCGUUGAAGUGCAGCAAAGGUACCUUCCUGGCCCAGGGAUCUUUCGAGUGUUUUGUCGGGGACGAGAAGGCCAUCCGGGAAACCUUCAGCUUGCGUGGAGCAACGGGCACAAAGCCCUGCUGCCACUGCAUGAACGUGCUGGGUCACAUGGACAAGCACAGUGUGACGGUACCGGGCCUUGUGCACUAUAGCUGCGACGACCCCGGCAAGUUCGUGUUACACAGCAGCCAGACCUUUCGAACAAUGUGUCAGAAGCUGGAAAUUGCGCCCAAGAAGGAUCAAAAGAAGCUGGGCCAGCUUUUCGGCCUCACCAUGCAUCCAAAUGCCGUGCUGUUUUGUGCGCCGUGGAAGGACAGCGUGGACUGCGUUCAGCAUGUGUAUUGGGACUGGAUGCACAUUCUUUGUGCCAGCAGUGGCAUGGGCCAAUACGAGGUCAACGAGUUUCUCAAAAUUCUCGUUGACCGGGGCGUGUCUUUGGACAUGCUUGAUGAGUAUGCCCAACAAUGGCGGCUUCCGCAAAGGACCAGCAACCUUUGCAAGGGUUUUUUUGCGGAGAGGCUGAACAAGGAGCCGGACAGCUGCUUGAAAUGCUUCGCAGGCGAGCUCCUGACGGCUGUUCUUAUUCUGGAUGCUCUACGGCAGGAUGUCUUGAGGCAUGUUCCCGAGACUGCGGAGCACUGCAGAUGCCUGGCACUGCUGGCCAAGAUUUUCCGUAUUCUUGGCAGCGGAGACAGGGCGGUGCAGCAGUUGCAGGAGCUGCGCAGAUGCAUUGCAGAGCAUGCCCGCCUCUUCCGCCGGCUUUAUGAGAACUGCGUGAAGCCCAAGUUUCACUGGGCUUUCCAUGUCCCCGGCUGCAUGGAAAAGUUUGGGGUGAACAUGUCAUGUUUCGUGACAGAGCGCAAGAACGCGGUCGUGAAGAGUCUGGCCACCAUUGCCAAUGGGAGCCAUCUGCAGCAAAACCUGAACAUGCGGGCCGCCUACAGCGACGUGAGCCAUAUACUGCAGAACCCGCUCUUCUUCAGUGAGGUCGGCUUGCGCGAGCCUGUUCGGGACCUGCCUUGGGCAGUGGCUCUGUUGCACAGCGUGCUCCCUGGAGUUCAGCAGGUGAAGGCCGCGAGAUUUAUGAAAACAGCCAAGGGCACGAUCGCUGCGGGAGAUACAAUCUGGAAGCCCGGCACGGCCGAGGUCAUGGUCGUGGACGAGUGCUUGCAAGCUGCGUCGUUGGAUGGCGCACAAUGGUUGGGCUUUCAUGGUGUUAUUUGCAAUCAAGUGGGACCUGACCUCUUCGAGGCCUCGGAAGAGCGGGGCAUACGUGCCUGGAGCUCUGAGCACGAAGCUGACGAAGGCAGGGCCGUCAUCCUCCGGCUUCCGGGCCGGAACGCAACCAUGGAGAACAUGACAAUUCGGCAUUGCUUCGCUCUUCAGCGCAAUGCAGCGGUGGCUCGGCACCUGCUGCGCAACCAUGAGAUGGCGGCCCCAGCUCCCCAAAGCCUGCGGUCCGGCACCACAACGGUACAAAUGCCAGGAGCAGGUCCGGGAGCGGCUGUGGGUGGCGCAUGA